CCCCCCCCCCAAAGUUACAUAAGAAAAAUGAGUUCUUCAUCUUUCUAUCUUACAUUGUUUUUAUUUUCCUUAUUCUUGUUAUCCAUCAAUGGCCAAGAUCUCAUAUAUGACACUUGCAAAACUUCUUCACAACAAGACCCUAAUGUGAAGCUCCAAUUUUGCACGACUUCUCUUCAAGCUGCGCCGGCUAGCCAUUGUGCUAACCUUAAGGGUCUAGGGAUGAUCUCCAUUAGACUAACGAGGUAUAACGUCACGGACACAAGGUGUUACAUCAAGCAGUUGCUCAAGAAUAAUACAAAGAAGCUUGAUCCCUAUGUGAAGUCAUGUUUGGAUGAUUGUUUUGAACUUUAUUCUGAUGCUAUUUCAGGCAUCAAACAAGCCAUGGAGAGUUAUAAUUCCAAACGCUUUUUUGAUGCGAAUGUGCAAAUAAGUUCGGUUAUGGAUGCCACUACAACUUGUGAAGAUGGAUUUAAACAAAAAAAGGGUAUCGUUUCACCGUUAACCAAGAGAAAUGAUGCGACUUUCCAGUUGUCUGCUAUAGCACUUUCAAUUAUGAACAUUGUUCAAAGUAGUGCAUAAAAUCAAGUCAAAACAUUAGUUUAAAAAAACUAGUGUUAUGUGAGGUUGUUAGACUUUAUGUUGAUAUGUUUACUCCUUUUCCUAUAGUAUUUAUGUUUGAUAUUGUCAGAUGAUAUAAUAAUAAACUUUUGUGAA